UUCAGUCCAAACGAAACCCGUCAUACGAGUAGACACGCUGGCUUCUCUGUCUUCGUAGAGCUUUGGACCUGGCCGUGUGGCAUCAAAUUGUCCGAAAAAUAGUAAAUUUAUUGGCCAGAAAUUAAAAAAAAACUUUGUUAAUCAUUCAACUUGAUUCAUUAAAUCAGUGAAUUCUGGAAAACGUGAUGUGGACGAACGAUUCUGAAAAACGGUAGUUCUAACUCCGGUUCACUUGUCACUUGGUUUGCUGGAUCGUACCGCUGGAAAACAUGCAAUGGAUUAUACUUGCUGCAUCUUGCCUCCUGGCUGUUUUGGAGUGUAUGCCAGUGGCGGUGUCCACGGCUAGACUUGCAGAUAUUUACUGGAACUCUUCGAAUCCUAUGUUCAGGAUAGAUAAUACAGAUCACAUAAUCGAUGUGAAUAAGGGUAACAUUCCUUUUGAAUAUGAUCAAGUCAAUAUCAUUUGUCCUGUCUACAAUCCAGGAACUAAAGAAGAAGAUGUCGAAAGAUACAUCAUAUACAAUGUGUCCAAAGAAGAAUACGAUUCAUGUCGCAUAACCAAUCCAGCUUCUCGUAAAAUUGCUCUCUGUGAUAAGCCCCAUCAACUAAUGUAUUUCACUAUAACAUUUCGAUCAUUUACUCCACAACCCGGAGGUUUAGAAUUCAGGCCUGGUCAAGAUUAUUAUUUCAUUUCAACGUCAGCUGGUGGUGAAGGGCAGCAAGCAUUGGAGCAAAAAAUUGGAGGACGCUGUGCGACACACAACAUGAAAGUUAUUUUCAAGGUUUGCUGUGGACCUCAGAAAUCUACUACCAGGGCAUUGCCCAGUAUCAGUACAACUACAACAUCUGUUGCUCCUCCCACCACAACUCUCUUGCCAGAAAAAUCCACUUCUAUAUAUCGCUUCUACCGACCUACAAUGCCUCCCUUUAGGCCACCCCCACCAAGUAUCUAUACCAGUAAAUAUCCUCCUGUCAAAUCGUAUGACUUUCCAAGGGAAGAAGAACAUGGCAAAAUGCCUUCUAAGAAAACAGAAGACAGAGAUAAAUUGCCAAAUGAAACAAGAGCUAAAAAUGAGGAGUUGGUAAAGAAUAAUGCCAACAUUGUGAAAUUGCAACAAAACUGUGUUACGACAGUGGCUCUGCUGCUACUAAUCCUUUACCAGCUGCUUAGUAGGUGAACUCCAGGAAGCUUCCGUUAUGUAAAUUAAUUUGUAAUUUUAUGUAUAAAGAGGAAGAGAAACGAGUCGAAUAUUUUCCUUGGCUGUGAUAGCUGCAGGAAGCCUACUAAAAAUUGCGGUUGAAUUCAUCAUCUGGUCAUGAACUUGUAUACUUUGAUAUACAGUUUUAUUGUGCUGAAAGUUUUUACAUUUUCUUUUUAUCCCUGGUAAUGAAAACUGGUUUACAGAAAGGUGCAGUAUGGCCUGCUGGCAAAUUAAUAAAACAAAUAAAAGUCCUCUGGGAACUUUUCAUUUAAAUGUCCAGUCAUUAAAGUGACUAAAUCAAGAAAAAUCUGUGAUUAUGAUCUAGUUACUGGAAGCAAAGCAGCAUGCUGCAACUUUUUAAAUACAUUAACAAAAAGAAAUUGACAUUUAUUUAUUAUGUAAAUGACCAAUGUAUAAAGGAAAAAAAAAGAUGAAAAAAAUUCUUUGCUUUCAAACUGGUUUUGAUUUGCCAUGUUGGGGAUUGGAAAUUAAUCUGGAUCCCUUUUAUAUCAAAGCAUUUCCGUGCAUCUCUACAAGCUAAGUCAUUUUGAUGCAACAGGCUCAGCUCACUUCAAUAGUGUAAUUAUUGUUUCCUUUGUGUGACUAGUGUUUAUGUGUUGUGGAACUGGAGCAUUCUGUGUAGCUUCUUCAGUGUUACUCUGUGCUAAGUGAUUGCUGAAAUAAUUCAGUGUUUACGUAAAAGUGUACAAUUUAAAAAUUUAUAUUCGAGAAAAUUAUAUUAUUAUAGUUUAUGCAUGUCUACUCUGGAAUAUGCAAAAUAAUUUAAUGUGCUUUUAUUAUGUUUGCUUCAUAUUUAUCAAGAUUAUGAUUUUUUUUUAUUGCAAACAAUUUUUUUUGUUUGCUUGAUAACUUUUUUCCCCCCCGAAAAUAUUUGUUAUUUGCAUUAACAAAUUUUUGUACUUAGUUGUAAUUAUGAAAUUUUACAAAAUCAUACUUUAUCAUGCACUUCUUAAAAAUUGGAUUAUAAAUUCUUUUUUAAGAAAUUGGAAAAUUCUACUUAAAUUUAAAUAAUUAAGAUGCUUACAUCUACCAAGACUAAGUCAAUAAUGUAUGCAUUUUAAACUACCAGUAAAUAAUACAAUAACAAAUUUUUUAAAAAAUAACACCCAAAUAUCAAAUAAUUAAAUAAAUGGCUGAUAAUACCAAAACAUGGUAAUUCCAUUCACCUCCUGGAAUAUAUUAUUGAAGAUUAAUUUUUCUCUAUCUUUGUUACAACUCAUUUACUUAUAAAAAUACCCAUUUGAAUUAAGAGUGAUAUUUAGAGUUUAGUAAUUAAACAAGUCUGUAUUUCUGAAUAAUUAUCAUGUUUUUUUCACUAUUUUAAUUUCAUUACAUUUUUUGAUCUAGUUAUUCAACUCCUUGAUUAAUGAUUUUCAACAUGUCUCCCCUCCCCUCAGUUACCCAUAGUUUUAAUUUUAGGAUUUAUGUAUUUAAAUAUUUUUUAAGAAUAUAUAUUUGUAAUGAUAAAUUAUAUUUUUAUGUUUAAAGUCCCCCCCCUUCCAUUUUACUCAUCCCCCCUCCCUCCACAUAGGUUGAGAAUUAUUAUUUAGCAUAAAUUUUUAGAUCUCAUCCCCCCCCUUCUUUUAAAUUCUACUUAAUUUUCACCAUGUUAAUCAUUUCAUAAAUUUGAUAGUAAAAGUAAUGUGCCAAAUUUUUUCAACAAUAAACAUAUAGCUUCUGGGAAGUGCCUUAAUUAGCCAUUAGAACAAAUAUUGAUAGAAAACAUUAGAACAUUCCAAAAUCAUCUUUUAGAAAUAGCUAAACAUGUGCUAAUGGUAAGGUAGAUUUUAUAUAAAUCUUUAAGAAUUAUAUAUUUUAAGACUGAAGAUAAUUAAAAAGGAUUUUAGGCUUUGAUGCUCGACUUUUCUCAAUCUAGAAAGUGCCAAAUUUAUCUUGAGCCUUGAAUUCUAAAUUAUAAAAAUUAUUACAAAAACCUUCCAAAAUCUACAGAAUUCCAUAAUUUUUCUUAGUAAAUAUCUUAUAAAUACAUUAUCAUUUCAGUACUUUAUAAAUUUGGUUUGCAUGCUACAGUACAUUUUUAAUACUUAUAUAUCUGUGGGAAAAUUAUUGGUGUAUAUAUUUGUAAAAACCAUUGGAAGUAAAUGUUUGUGAAUGAUGUCCUCGUCAUUCCUUCGAUGUAUAUGUACUUCCUAUAACAAUUUGCUGUUAUAUGUCUGUAACAGUUUAAGAAGUUCUAUGGUUUGUGCGGCAAAUAAUCCACCAUGUUAAAGAAUGUUUGUGUAACAUGGAUAAAUUUCGAGAAAGCAGUUCUUUAUAAUCAUUUUUUUUUUUUUUUAAAUCACAGAUGUCUGGUAUAAUGUAUAAAAAUAAGUUGUCUCAUGAAAGGGCACUUUUGAGGUGUUGAAUAAAGAACACCAUACUUGAUGUUCAGUAAAUGGUUUCCAUAAUUGUGACAAUAUUGCUGUUCACUGUUAUGAAUAUACUUCUAUGAUGGAUGCUGACAAAUUAUAUUUGUGACUUGUUGAAAUCUGUUGUGUUGUUUUCAACAGCUGAUUGGGCUUGCAGUAACAUUAUAGGAUUUUUUUUUUAAUAGCUUGGGAAAAAUUAAGUUUCAAAAUUGCAGUUGUAUAAGAUGUCAAAUAAUAGUAAUGACUGUUGAUUAUAUUAGCUUUUGGUAUUUUACAAUUUGAAUUAAUGAUACAGAGUAAGUGUCUGGAGGAAAAAUUCAAUGGAAAUUGAGGACCCCCUUUUUUGUAUACAGUAUCUAUUAUCAGAGUUUAAAAUGGCACUGUCUUUGAUAAUUAGGUAUUUAAAAAUAAAACAAUAUAGUUGUAUUCAUGUCGAAAUUGUUAUCUCCAUUACAUAUGUCCUGUAUCUGAAGUCACGUGAUUUUGUACCAGUUUGGCAUGGACAUGUAUGAAAACUUUUGGAACCUCCAACUUGAAUUACUAUUUACUAUAAUAUUUAUUUAUUUCAUGUUAUAUUUGCUCUAAAUUUUCUCACAGUUAAAAAAAAAUUAGUGAGAAAACCAACAAUGAUUGAAGAAAUACUCUGUGGAUUUUUAAUUAUUAACUUUUAAAUUAAAAUACAAUAUUUUAUGAACAUUUUCUCUUUGUUUAUUAAAGGGGUAUCAAAUCUUUUUUUAGCAAUUUAAAUAUUUAAAAAAAAAAACUUAUAAAUAUUUACACUACAUUCUUUGAUAGAAUACUUAUCUGUCAGUAAUAAAUAUCUUGUCAGAGAUAAUUGUUAAUAUUUGUGUAUAAAUUCAUUAAAUGUGUUGAUGGGCUUGUUGAAUAUUUAAUAUGUGCUGGAGCAUUGAAAUAGAUAUCUUCCUAUGAAAUUGACUACUUAGGUUUCUGAGCUUGUUAAAGAACCCAUUUUUGUUUUUGUGUGUAUUGUAUGUUUAGUUGUACAUAUUUCCAAUUUGUAUCCAUAAUUUAUGAAAUGUGAAGUUGAAAAUGUCCAUUAUCUUCUGCCAUAUUUCUUGCUGUUUGUAACUUUGCAUUUGCUGGAAAAAGUGAACGUUUUGUAUUUCCUCGAACAAAUAAAAGUUGUUUUCA